AUGUUUUAAUUACUUUAAUGGUUUGAAUCUGAAGGGAUUCAUACAGAGAGUAUAAAAAUUGCGGAACUUACUCAUGGAUGCAAUGGUGUUGUUGCAACUCAACCUAUCCCAUCAGAUCAAAUCGUAAUUAAAAUUCCACUUCAUUUGUGUAUAUUUAGUGAAGAUCUCUUGAAAAAUCACUACCAAAGAUACAAGAAAUUCUAUCCUCAUAUAUUCAAUAUUAAUUUAAAUGAAGAUGCUGAAUUUAAUUCUCUUGUUUUAUACAUAUUAUAACAAAGAGAUAAUGAAAUGUCAUUGCAUAAGCCAUAUUUUGAUUAUGUAAAAGAUCCCUAAAAUAUCUUAUCUUGGACUUAAGAAUAAGUUAAUACCAUAAUGGAUGAAAACUUAAAGAAAACAAUUUAAAGGAUGAGGGUUGGUUUGCAAUUAAAUUUUGUCAGGUUUGUAACAUUUUUCAAAGAGCAAUUCAAAAAGGGACUAAAUUAUGAUUAAUUUUUAUAUGCCUAUCAAUUUGUCAUGACAAGAUGUUUUGGUGGAGAUGAUCAUCUUCAAUCCCCUUGUUUGGUUCCUUUUGGGGAUAUGCUAAAUCAUCACGAUAAAUGUUAAACCAAAUAAAAAAUCAUUGGAACAGAUCUUGUGUUUAUUACAACUAAGCAAAUUCAAGAAAACGAAGAAAUUUAUAAUUUUUUUGGGGAACAUGGCAAUAGUUUCUUGUUAUGUUGGUAUGGAUUCACAUAUGACAAUAACAUUUACGAUAAACUAUAUCUAUUAUAUGAAGAUGAUUAGAUUAAAGAAGUGAGUUGCUAUGAAUUCCCUAUGUGUAAUUUCAAAUUAAAGUAUUACAAAGUUUGUUAAAAAUUAUUAAACCUGUUAGGAGAGUAGAGAUUUAAAGAAGUGAUGAUGGAAGUGCAAGCGAUCACUGAAAAACAAUUGAAAUUCUAACCAGAUUUAUUGAGAUGCUAAUUAUAAGUGAUUUAAAAUUAAUUAAUCAAUUUUUGA